UGUGGCAUACCAUUCUCUCUUUCCCACAGUGAUCGCGUGACGGCGGCGUGAGUAGAACAAAUCUACUUCACAAAUCGACCCUUCCCCUCUACCCGUCGCCGUCGCCGUCGCCGCCGCCGCCAUCUCCGCGGUGAUCUAUUUCAAGCACGUCAUGGCUGCUGCGUCACCGUUAAACACUUUCAAAUCUCCCUUUCCGAAUCCCCGCCACAGCCACCAACAAUUCGUUAGCAUGUUUGAUCUGAAGCUUCGAGACUAUUCGGUCGAACGAUUUAGCUGUCUCUGUAAAGGGAAGCCGGACUUCAAGGCGGAUAAAAUAGUGAAGAAAGUGAUUUCUCCGAUAAGUUGUCAUAUGUACAGCGACGUUGAUAGCGCUAUGGACGAUGGAGAUAGUGGUUUAAACAAGGAAGAUCAGUUCGUUAGAUUCUUCCGUGAAGCUUGGCCUUAUAUUCGUGCCCAUAGAGGUGGCACAUUUGUCAUUAUUAUUUCUGCUGAAAUCAUCAGUAGCCCUUACUUGGAUCAUAUAUUGAUGGAUAUUUCUCUGCUUCAUGGUCUUGGAAUAAAACUAGUAAUUAUUCCUGGGACUCAUGUCCAAAUAGACGAUCUUCUGGCUGAACGAGGAAGCAAACCUACAUAUGUUGGCCGAUAUAGAAUCACAGAUUCUGAAUCUCUCCAGGCAGCUAUGGAUUCAGCAGGAAGAAAUCGUAUUAGGAUAGAAGCAAAGCUAUCUCCAGGACCCUCGAUAUGUAAUAUUCGUCGACAUGGUGAUAAUAGUCGUUGGCAUAAUGUUGGUGUCAGUGUUGCUGGUGGCAAUUUUCUUGCAGCUAAGAGAAGAGGAGUUGUUAAAGGAGUUGAUUAUGGAGCAACUGGCGAAGUAAAGAAAAUUGAUGUUGAUCGUAUUCGUGAGAGGCUUGACAAUGAUCAUAUAGUGAUACUAAGCAAUCUGGGAUAUUCUAGCUCUGGAGAAGUUUUAAAUUGCAACACAUAUGAAGUUGCUACAGCUUGUGCCGUGGCACUUGGAGCAGAGAAGCUUAUUUGCAUAAUAGAUGGUCCAAUUCUUGAUGAAAAUGAGCAUCUUAUUCGCUUUCUAACUCUUCAAGACGCAGACAUGUUGAUACGUAAACGUGCUAAACAAAGUGAGAUAGCUGCUAAUUAUGUACAAGCUGUUGAUCAAGAUGAUCUGACUGGCACUGCAGCUGAUGAUUAUGAUAGAAGCGUUCUCCCUUCACCAAAUGGCAAGGGUUUCACAGAUAUUCAUGUCGCGACUUUUCAGAAUGGCGUUGGUUUCCAAAAUGAAAAUGGUAUAUGGUCUUCUGGGGAACAGGGUUUUGCCAUUGGAGGUCAAGAGAGGCUGAGUCGAUUAAAUGGCUACCUGUCAGAAUUGGCUGCUGCAGCUUUUGUGUGCAGAGGAGGUGUUAAUAGAGUUCAUUUGUUAGAUGGCACUGAGACUGGUGUCUUGUUAACGGAACUCUUUCAAAGAGAUGGGGCUGGGACAAUGGUUGCUAGCGAUUUAUAUGAAGGAACAAGGAUGGCUACAGCUAAUGAUAUGCUAGGGAUAAAACAGAUUAUACAUCCUUUGGAAGAAGCUGGUAUUCUUGUGAAGAGAACAGAUGAUGAGAUACUUAAAGAUGUGAAUUCAUUUAUUGUGAUGGAGAGAGAGGGUCAAAUCAUCGCUUGUGCUGCUCUUUUUCCGUUCUUUGAAGAUAAAUGCGGAGAGGUUGCAGCCAUUGCUGUCUCUUCUGAAUGUCGUGGGCAAGGACAGGGUGAUAAAUUGCUUGAUUAUGUAGAGAAGAAGGCAUCUUCCCUUGGGUUGGAGAAGCUUUUCCUGCUAACAACACGAACAGCAGAUUGGUUUGUGAGGCGGGGGUUCUCAGAAUGUUCAAUCGAUUUGAUACCAUUGGAGAAGAGAAAAAAGAUCAAUCUCUCUCGUCGAUCAAAAUAUUACAUAAAGAAGUUACGACCCGACAGGAGUGGCAUCACCAUUAAUCCAGUUUUUCGAUAACAUUAUUAUUAUUGUUGUUUUUUCUUUGUAAAAACUAUUUAUUGGUUGACUAAUUUCCAUUAACGAUGUCAUCCUCUUGAUGUUUUUCUCUAGAUGGUGCUUAUUGAAACAU